AUGACUCUUUCUACUGAACCAGCGUUCAACAAAUCAUUUACCGUUCAAAUCAAUGGACUUCAAACCGAUAUCGUGUUCCACCAGUUUAUCAACAAAAUGCUGCUAAUCAUCACCCAGUACGAAAAGAUAAACAACAUUUUCGUUGCACGUAACGAGCAAACAUUCAAUGGUCUGGUUCAAAACAAAUCGGUCGAUAUUCAGCACAAAUUUGGAAUGGACACAGAUGACAUACAAAGUGCACUGAUGUAUCUGAUACCGAGGGUACCGGCGCUGAGAGAUUCAGAGAUGGAUUUGGUGGUGAAUAUUGGACUGAAGGAAGUCAACAAAAAUGUACUGGUAACGCUGGAAAAGGUGCUAAAUGAACUGCUAUGA